GCUCUUCGCCCUCCUCUUCCUCCCUCCGCCCCCCCUCCUUCCCCGACCCUCCUGGCCUUCUAGGCCUCGGCAACGACGUACAUCGAAACGGUGGCGCGUCGGGGAGCAAGCGGGUUGCGCCCGCGAGCGAGGAGCCAGCAACCAUAGCCCGAACGCACAGGCAACCGCGAUCGCAGUCAGGGUUGACGUCGGAUCACGUUUCCUGUCGCAGGCUCUUAUCCAGGAUACUCUGCCGAAGGCAACGGACUCGCAAGUCGCCGACUACCUCAGCCAGCGUUUCAAGUACCACGACAGCUUGCAGGACCUGCUCGUCGCCGACGGGGCCACCGACCUGCUGAACGACAAGGACCGGGAGGUUUGAGGAGGCGCAGGAGCAGUUGAAGGGCAACCGUUCCGAGCAGGAGGAGUACAAAAAAGGAGUGGGCCAAGUUUAAGCAUGACACCCUGACUACUGCAGCCAAGGCGAAGCUGAAGGCCAUGAAAAACGAGAUGGGCGGCCAUGUGGCGAAGAAGUGGGUGGGGGGAGAGGUGGCGAAGCAGGAGGCCGCAACCUCCGUGCCUGCCCCGGCGCGCAUCUAUCGCGACCCGCCGAACGCCCGUUGGCAGGCGACGUACGUCAGCAAUGGCCGUCGGGCGUCGAAGUCUUUCUCUUGGUCGGUAUGGGGCCACGACGCAGCGCGCAUGCUGUGCGCGCAGUGGACGUGGGAGGAGGUCCUGGGCAUGUUGCACUUGGACAUCGACUCGUGUCCGGUGGCGGGCCUUUUCGCCGCCGACGCGGGCGUCCCAGUAGACGGGGGCGCGGCUGCGGCGGCGGCAGGGGCUUAAUUUGCAUGUAAGGCACUGAGAGUGCGUAGCUUCCCUUGGUGAUUGGGGUCCUGGGGAGUUGCCCGCUGCACGGAGGCUCGAGAAAGCAUUGCGUGCUUCCGACCGUGAAAACAUCGCUGCGGGGAUCGCCAUUCUGUCCCGACUCAGGGUUCCAGUCCCCGCGUGGUCACGCUCGGAUAUUGGGCUUGCAGGGCGUCGGGCUCGCGCGCGGGCGCGCAUCGAGGCGUGCGGCUGGCUGUGCAUG